AACGUGUAUGGGCAUACAAAAACGAAAACAGUUUUUAAUUAAUUAUUUAUAUUUACAAAAACAAAAAACAGUUGCUUCUUUCCCCUCAAUCUCCGAUCCCACCUCCCUCUCUCUCUCUAAUUGUUUUUAUUUUUUUCAUCCUCUCUCUAAGUCUUUUUCUUUCAUCUUUGAUUUUCUAGCGUUUGAUUGCAUGUAUUUGCGUCUUUCUUGACAGAGAAAAAGAAUAGAUUGAAAAAGUCCGUACUUCCUUGGGACCCCUUUUUGUGAUUGAGAGGCUUGAGAUUGGUGCUCUAUGAACGUGAAAAGCCCUGGAAUUUGAUUAUAUCUUCUUGAAUUCUGAAUUGGGUUUUCUUGGUUCGGUUAUUCCAGCCUUGAUUGCAGAGGUUUGGAUCUGAAUUUAAAAAUUUGAGGCAGCGCUCGUUUUGGUGGGCGCUUCACAGGUGGUGGAAAAAUGUCUGGCUUUGUUGGGGUGUUGGUUUCAGAUCCAUGGCUUCACAGCCAGUUCACACAGGUCGAGCUUCGUGCGUUGAAAUCAAAAUUUCUUUCAAUGAGGAGGGAAUCCAAUAAAGUAACAGUUGGAGAUUUGCCUUCUGGGAUGGCUAAAUUAAAAGCUUUCAGCGAGUUGUAUAACGAAGAAGAGAUUGCUGCAAUCUUGGGUGAAACAUAUCCCAAUUCUGAAGAUGGGAUUGAUUUCGAAGCCUUCCUUAGGGUAUAUUUGAAUCUCCAAUCUCGUGCGAGUAGCAAGGUCGGUGGAACGAAGAACUCAUCGGCAUUCCUUAAGGCUUCCACAACCACAUUGUUGCAUACCAUUAGUGAAUCAGAGAAGUCAUCCUAUGUUGCCCACAUAAACAGCUACCUUGGAGAUGAUCCAUUUUUGAAAAAAUAUCUUCCUAUCGAUCAAUCAACUAAUGAUCUCUUCAACCUGGCAAAGGAUGGUGUUCUUCUCUGUAAACUAAUCAAUGUGGCGGUGCCGGGGACUAUUGACGAGAGGGCCAUAAACACUAAAAGGAUACUGAAUCCAUGGGAAAGGAAUGAGAACCAUACACUUUGUCUCAAUUCAGCAAAAGCUAUUGGCUGCACUGUAGUCAAUAUUGGAACACAAGAUUUAGUUGAAGGAAGGCCUCAUCUUGUACUUGGGUUGAUCUCACAAAUCAUCAAGAUACAACUGUUGCAAGACCUCAAUUUGAAGAAGACCCCCCAACUGGUGGAGUUAGUUGAUGAUAGCAAGGAUGUGGAGGAGCUCAUGAGUUUACCACCAGAGAAGGUCUUGCUGCGGUGGAUGAAUUUCCAUCUUAAGAAAGCAGGCUACAAGAAACCCAUAAACAAUUUCUCCUCAGAUGUUAAGGAUGGAGAGGCUUAUGCUUAUUUGUUAAACGUUCUUGCGCCAGAACACUGCAGCCCAGCUACAUUGGAUGCAAAGAAUCCAGCUGAAAGGGCAAAGCUAGUUAUUGAACAUGCAGAGAAGAUGGACUGCAAACGAUACCUGACCCCCAAGGACAUUGUUGAAGGGUCUCCCAAUUUGAAUCUUGCUUUUGUUGCACAUAUUUUCCAUCACAGGAAUGGCUUGUCCACAGAGAGUAAAAAGAUAUCUUUUGCAGAGAUGAUGCCGGAUGAUGUCCAGGUUUCCAGAGAAGAGAGAGCAUUCCGAUUAUGGAUAAACAGUCUUGGGACAGUCACAUAUGUGAAUAAUGUGUUUGAGGAUGUCAGAAAUGGAUGGGUCCUUUUAGAAGUGCUUGACAAGGUUUCACCAGGGAUUGUUAACUGGAAGCAAGCAACAAAGCCUCCUAUUAAGAUGCCAUUUAGAAAAGUGGAAAACUGCAACCAAGUUGUGAGGAUUGGGAAACAAUUGAAAUUUUCCCUUGUCAAUGUAGCUGGAAAUGAUAUUGUACAAGGAAACAAGAAACUUAUACUUGCUUUCCUAUGGCAAUUGAUGAGGUUCAACAUUCUUCAGCUCCUGAAGAACUUGAGAUUCUACUCUCAAGGGAAGGAGAUGACAGAUGCUGAUAUCUUAAAAUGGGCAAAUGACAAAGUUAAGAGCUCAGGCAGAACUUCUCAAAUGGAAAGUUUUAAGGACAAGAAUCUGUCGAAUGGGAUAUUUUUCCUUGAGCUUCUUAGUGCAGUGGAGCCCAGGGUUGUCAAUUGGAACCUUGUCACAAAAGGCGGAAGUGAUGAAGAAAAGAAGCUUAAUGCCACAUAUAUUAUCAGUGUUGCUCGAAAGCUUGGAUGCUCCAUUUUCUUGCUACCUGAGGACAUCAUGGAGGUGAACCAGAAGAUGAUUCUCACUCUAACUGCCAGCAUCAUGUAUUGGAGCCUACAACAACCAAUUGAAGAGACGGAAUCUACCUCACCAUCCACGGGCACCAAAAACGGUGGCAUUGCAGAGGGUGUCACAAAUGUGUCGUUGGAUGACUCUGCCUCUACCUCACCACCCCCGGGCACCAAAAACAGUGGCAUCGCAGAGGGUGUUGCAAAUGUGUCGUUAGAUGACUCUGCAUCCGAGACAUCUUUGCCUGCAUCCGAGACAUCUUUGCCCUCCGAGAGUGAGACAUCUUUGCCCCCUGAGAGUGAGUCUUUAUUGCCACCUGAAAAUGAGCCUUCAUUGCCUCCUGAAAAUGAAACAGCAUUGCCACCUGAAAAUGGGCAUUAAGUUGCCAGAGAAUGAUGGCCAUGGUUUUAGGCCAGGCACCAUACGAUACCUUUUUCUUCGUAUUCUUCUUUUAUUUUCUUUUUACAAAUGAAAGAAGAAAGGGAAAUAUAGAAAUUUGUUUGAUCUUAUCUUAAAAAAAUCUCCAUAUUCUUUGUUUCCUUUAUUUUUUUCUUGGGUUAAUUCUUGGCACACAUGAUGAUCUUGUAUUUAUAUCCAACUGAAAGUCCUUGUAAUCUAUCAAAUUUGGUGAAAGAGUAGAUAUGUAAUAAAACAAGAUUGUGGUUUACAUAAGAUUGCAAUAUUAAACA